AUGUUGGCCCAAAAAGUAGAGGAGAACGUCAUGACAUGUAUCCGAAAAGGAUCUUCCAAACCUCGACUCAGAUCUCCUCUCUCCGAGAAUCUUUCUCCAGCUACCUUCUCACCAUCUCCCAAGUCGAACUCCGGCCUAUUAGUGGCUCAUAUGCUCCUAUCUCCCAGAAGUCGUCACCGUGAUGAUGAUGAUUCCGACGAGGAAAACAAAGAAGAAGAUGACAUGAGUAUUGCUUCUGUCGGCAACGAAUUCUUCUCCGAUUACGAUCUUCAAGAUGACGAGGAGGAGGAGGUGAUAGCAGUUGGAAGACCUUACGAUGAAGAGGAAUUGUUUGGGCAUAAUAAGUCCUGCUCGAAAUUAAACAGAGGUAUGCUCAAAGAUAAGAAUCUGAGAAUCCAAGUUCCAUUUGGGAACACGGACUGUGAAUUAGGGCUCCGGAAAUUCGCCCUGAAGAAUUCAACUCCAGCUACCUAUCAUCUCGAGGAACCAGCUCAUACUUUGAGUUCCAAGGGUUCGGUUUCUCAUUGGGGAAGCAUGUAUGGAGACAUGGAAGAUAUAGGAACCCCAAGCGCACCACCUAUUAUGGAAACUGGACUAGAACAAGAUAGCAGCUUGGGAAUAGAAAAGGAAAUUGAGGACGAGAUUUGUAGAGUAGAGAACAUAGCUGCUGAUUGCACUUCACAUUUGUAUGGAGAUGCACAACCUGGGGAAAGUGUGAUGGACACUAAAACUGGUGAACAUCAGGAAAUCAACUCGGAUGAAUUAGAUUGCCAAAGUAUCAGUGGUCAAUAUGCUUGGCAAAGUCUUCUUGCGUAUGACGCUUGCAUAAGACUAUGUUUGUAUGCAUGGUCAAGGGGUUCUUCUGAGGCACCUGAGUUUCUGCGUGAUGAGUGCCGUCUUCUUCGAGGUGCAUUUGGUUUGCAUACAUUUCUUUUGCAACCUCGGGGUGUACGAUCAAACCAAGAAAACAAAAGUGUGAAAGCAGAGCAAAAGACAUCCUUGAAGAAAAAAAACAUGGUCAGAAAAUUAAGGGUGGAAGUAAAGAGACUUCGAUUGAUACCACAACGCAAACUUAGAGGCAUAGAUUCAGUGCGGAGUUUAAUGAACAUGCAAAUGGGGGCAGAGUAUUGCCGACAAGUUUCAUCACUUGUGAAGACUGGGAUGAAUUCUAUUAAACUGGCUACCCUUUCAGCAGUUUCAGAAGAACAAUUCUCCUGCUACCUUCAAAUGAAGAGCACAGCAGAAGGAGUUCAAACUGAACAAGGAUCUUCUGUUUGUUUGCAACCAGGAACUGGAAGUUACCAUGUCUUCUUUCCCGAGUCCGAAGGCGACACUCUUCUGAUAGAAGUUCAAGAUAAAAAGAAAUCAGUUCAAGGAAAAGCAGUGAUUCCUAUAACAUCCUGUACUGACAAUCCGAACGAAAAUGUUAGAUGGUGGCCAAUAAACCAUGGUGAACAAUGUGUUGGCAAGAUCCAGCUCUUUACUGGUAGCACAACCACAUCCGAUGAAGACUAUCACAUAAAGAGUGCACCUGUUGUGGAGACACUAGCAUACGAUUUGCUACUAGAAGCUGCUGCACGAGCCCAAAAAUUUCAUUCUCAAAACUUAAGACUAAAUGAAUCCUGGAAAUGGCUGUUAAGCGAAUUUGCAGAAUAUUAUGGAGUUUCCGAUUCAUAUACCAAGUUGAGAUAUCUUUCUCAUGUAAUGAAUGUCGCAACUCCAACAAAAACUUGCUUACAAAUUGUGCAUGAGUUACUUGUGCCUAUCCUAAGGGCUCGAAGUGAGAAGAUUUUGACCAGGCAGGAGAAAAGUAUCUUAAUGGAUUGUGAAAUAGAGAUUGAAAAACUCUUGGCAAGUGUUUUUGAGAACUACAAGUCCUUAGAUGAAAACUGCCCUACAGGGUUGGCGGACAUUUCUGGUGCGGUGCAAGAAUCUGCAUCAACAGCACUUUCUCCUGCUGUUCAGGUUUUUAGUCUCCUUCAUGAUAUAUUGUCUCCUGAAGCACAAGAAAUUUUAAAGAAUUACCUUCAGACGGCAGCAAAGAAGAGGUGUCGGAAGCACAUGGUUGAGACCGAUGAGUAUGUCAACUCCGAAGGUUUUCUUUUGGAUUCCGUCACAAUCUCGACAGCUUACCUGAAAAUGAAGAAUCUUUGUCUAAGCAUAAGCAACGAAAUAGAGACUGAUAUAAAGAUCACCAAUGAACAUGUACUCCCAAGCUCAAUCGACCUGUCAAAUAUAGCCGCUGCCGUAUACAGCACUCAGCUAUGUAACCGGCUAAGGGCAUUUCUGUCAGCAGUUCCACCGUCCUGUCCACUGCCGCAUGUCAAUGAGCUUCUGAUAGCAGUUUCCGACUUUGAAAGAAACCUCGAUUCGUGGGGCAUCAGUCCAGUACAGGGUGGUAUAGACUCUAGAGGGUUAUUUCACAACUACAUAAUGGUUUGGAUACAUGAUAUGGAACUUAGGCUACUUGACCGAUGCAGAGCAGAAAAGGUUCCCUGGUCUGGUGUAAUAACAAAUCACUCAACAUCACCGUUUGCUGAGGACAUGUAUGAGAGAAUAAAAGAUUCUCUUAUAGAGUAUGAAGUGGUUAUCAGUCGAUGGCCACAAUACACAUUGAUCUUGGAAAAUACUGCUUCAACUGUGGAGAGAGCCAUUGUUAAAUCGCUGGAGAAACAAUACAAUGACAUACUGGCACCUUUAAGAGACAYUAUUCCAAAAAGGCUAAAUAUGCAUGUCCAAAAACUGACAAGAAGGCAAUCAUCAGCUCUCUACUCUGUUCCAACUCAACUGGGAACUUUUGUCAACACCAUAAAGAGAAUCCUUGAUGUUCUACACUGUAGAGUUGAGGAUAUCUUGAGACAACGGGCUUCGUGCCUUCCUGUUCUUGAAGACAAGAAGUCGCUCUUUGGAGAGCAGAUGAAUGUUAUCACGGUCUUGCUCAGGACAAAAUACAGAAACUACAUGCAGGCCGCAGUUGAUAAGCUUGUAAGAAAUACGCAAUCAAACAAAUGCACAAGACUGAAGAAAAUCUUAGAGGAGAUAAAAGAGAACGAGAGAGAAGUCGAAGUCCGUGAACGUAUGAAGGCGCUAUGCUCACAACUCAGUGACUCAAUCUCAAAUUUGCACGAUGUCUUCACAAGUCAGAUAUUUGUGGCUUCGUGCCGCCUUUUUUGGGAUAGAAUGGCGCAGAUGGUCUUGAAGUUUCUUGAGGGAAGAAAGGAGAAUGAAGUAGGCUACAAAGGCUCUUACUAUGCUCUUGGGAUAGUGGAGGACACGUUCGCAUCAGAGAUGCAGAGGCUGCAAGGGAACUCGCUAAAGGAGAAGGAUAUGGAGGCUCCUCGUUCGGUGAUUGAGGCACGUUCCAUUCUCUCUAGAGACACUACCAAUCAUCUUACUUCUACGUCUAGUCCACUUUCAUCUCAUUCCAUUCAUUGGUUUUGA